UUUGGAGCCUGCUUUGGCUAGCUCGGACAUGACUAAGGAAGUUUCUACUUCUAAGGCUCCGGUGUCUACAAGGGGGGAGUUUGCAAACAUUAGUCUACAGGGUUCGAUGGGGAUUGCCUCAUCUCCACUGACUGAUGCUCGUCCUACUGUGGAGGAGGUUAUUGCUUUUGGAGGUAUUUCUAGGCCCUCAGGUGUGAGGACUAGUAAAAGACUUGGGAGCCAGGCUAAUGUGGACAUGCCCCAGAUGGAGAAGGCAAUGAUGAAUGCACAGUUGAGAGAUGUUUCUGCUUGUGCAGGUUAUCCAUACGAUGGCACAUUGGGUUCAGUUGUGGGCUCUACUGUCACCGGAGGGACAGCGGGAUGCUAUGGUUACUGGAUGCACACGGCUCCUGACGGUCGCUCAGGAUAUCUUGUGCCAGGCUGGCUGGUGGCACAAUAGGCGGCUACUUUGAUGGAUACAUCUUUCUGUAGUCUAUUGGUGCUUUGUUUCUUUCGAUGGUUGAUUCUUGUAUCAGUCCUCGGUAACGCUUGAGAUGUAAUAACUUUUGGAAUACUCUUAUUUUUAAU